UAGAGCGCGGCCCACGGCCUGCGCAUGCGCCAGACCCUGUGUCCGCGCCACCAGGCAAGGGCGGGUACUGCGCAGGCACCAGGCUAGGAGAACGGAAGCGGAAGGCCUGUCGCGUCCAGUCGACUCCUCAGUGAGCGGUAGCCAUGCGCGUGUUGGAGGAGCCGGGGUCUCAGCCCACAGCGACCCCGUGCGGGUGCGUGAAGCCAGCUCUGGAAACAGGGAAUCUUUUAACUGAGCCGAUUGGCUACUUGGAAUCCUGUUUCUCAGCCAAGAAUGGAACUCCAAGGCAGCCAUCUAUUUGUAGCCAUUCGCGGGCUUGUUUGAGAAUUAGAAAGAGCAUCUUUAAUAAUCCUGAACAUUCCUUAAUGGGCUUAGAACAGUUUUCUCAUGUUUGGGUUUUGUUUGUUUUUCACAAAAACGGUCAUUUGAGCUGUAAGGCAAAAGUGCAGCCUCCUAGGCUGAAUGGCGCAAAGACUGGAGUUUUCUCCACAAGGAGCCCACAUCGUCCCAAUGCAAUAGGACUGACCCUGGCCAAGUUGGAAAAGGUGGAAGGUGGAGCUAUGUACCUUUCUGGAAUUGACAUGAUUCAUGGCACACCUGUCCUGGACAUAAAGCCCUAUAUAGCUGAGUAUGACUCGCCACAAAAUUUGAUUGAGCCUCUACAGGAUUUUAAUUUACAGAAUAGCCAAUAUAAACCCCCAAACACAUCCCAGGCUAAUGGCAAGACUGACAGCUGUGACCAGCGACAGCUCUCCAGGUGUGAUAAACCACAAGCCUGUAGUCACACUAAGGAGAAACCUAAAUGUCCUGAAGACAGAACUUCAGGAGAAAACUACAUGAAACAUGAUAACUCAACAAAAAUCCAGCAAAAGUUCCCUCAGCACAGGGAGAUAGCAGCAGAUUUGGGUUUAGAAUCGAGAAGUGAUCAGAGUCUGAGUGUGGCAGAAGAACGAAUUGGCCCAUGUUGCCUUGAGAAGAGCAUUUCAGAGGAAGAUACAGAAAAGAGGCUAACAGUGAUCGCGCAAGGAAAUAGUGCAGAGAUGCAUCCCGUGGCUCCUCCCUGCCCUUCCAGGAUGGCUGAUGCAGCCCGCCACAGCGUGGUCCCUGCCUGGGUGCGAGAGGCCCCUGUGGCCACCUUGGAAGUCCGCUUCACUCCUCAUGCAGAGACGGACCUCAAGCGUCUCAGUUCAGAAGGUGAACCAGUGUCCCGUUGUGAGGAAAUUUGGAUCUCUAAGUCAUGAACUUCCAUCCUGCAGAAGGAGAAAUAUUUGUUUGAAGUAAGUCUUAUAUUCCUUAUCAUUGUGAGAACUUUUCCAGAAGAAGAAAGGAACACAGUACUCUGUACUGUGCAUAAAUGUUAUCUACCUUAAAUUUUAGCCUUUGCUUUUUGGUGCCAGUAGGGGGAGCCCUUGAUAACUGAUUAUUUUCACUAACUUGGAAAUAAAUUCCAGGAGUUCAAACUGUUCAGGUAAUUUUGGCUUUCAGCCCACUUACCCCAGCUUUUCAGAACAGUAACUUCCACAAGAUGCUUCCACUGAUGCUUGUCAAUCACAUAUAGGAAGAGAUUAGAGGAUGAGUGCCAUUUAUUAAAUUUUUAAAUUGUAGCUUGGCUUAAGGGUUAGGAUGGAUUAUUUCAGCAGGUGGAGGCUGUGCACAACCAGAUAGACUCAUUAGCCAAACCCAUGAGCGUGUAUCUACAAGGUAUUCACUCAGUUUAUGUAUUUGUGACGUUUUUCUUUGGAAAGAAGAGAGUGGAGUUGAAGAUGCCAAUCAACCUCUUGUUCGUAGUUUUCUUUUUAUGAUAACGGUCCCAAAGAAGGUAGGUAAAGGCUCAAUAAGAGUGAAAUCUGUAUCAGUUACUGAACUUCUGUCAUGUGCUUGGCGCUGGGCUACAAGCUUUUCACACAUGAUCAGAGGUUAAGUAACAUGCUGAAGCUCACACAGCUGGUCAGCCAUGCAUUGAGGAUUUCAUCCCACCCAGUCUGGCCCCAGCGUUGGCUCCCUUCGUAGCGCAGCUCUGCUGUCUCCCCCACGCAGAUGCAGAUGCUCAGCAAACCAUGCUGGUUUAUUUGAUGGUCGGCAGUAUCAUGUGCUUAAUAAGUGCAGGAUGUUCAUGGGAAUCCAAGCACUAAAUAAAGAACGGGGGAAUACAAGUAGAAGUGCCUGUUCCUACCAGAUCUCUGUGGAACCUCCUGGGAAGCAGAGUGGGAGAUGCGGAGAAUACGGAAUUUGGCCUCAGAAACUUCAAGUGCUGUUUUCUGCUCUGCCUUGUGUGUGACCUUGGGCAAGUUACUGAGCCCAUCUCUAAAUCCAUGCCCUUCCAGAGUUGUUACAAGGAUAAUACUUGGAAAGUACUUUCUAAACUUUUCAGUGGUCUACAAACUAAUUCAUAUUUUUAUUGUGCCUGUCAUCAUUGACGUCCUUCCUUUGCCAGUGUGCUCUGGCCCCCCUGCCUGGACGAGCAGACUCGGGAACCAAUGGGUGCUUGAAGUACAAGGUAUGGAUAGCCUCUCUUUUCUUUUUUUAUUACAGAUUUUUUUUUUUUUUAAAGAACCUUUUUCAGCAAGGUAUAGGAUGCUUUGCUAAGGAAGAUAUCACAGAGUGCCCCUGCCUUAAGGACCCAGUUGACAUGAAGCCACAUGAUGCCCAGGGCAGCAUCUUCCUUCCACCUGGCCUUCCCUUCUCAGAUUGUACAUACAUCACGAACUGCCUUCCUUGCCUGUGUGUACAAUCAGCAGGUCAACCCCUUUCUCAUACAUGAUCUUCUUUAGUGCCCUACUUUUUGACCGUCUUUCCUGAUUCAGCCCCGAUGCUUCAGGAAAAUCUCUGCGUUUCUUUUAUGAGAAGAUAAGUGUUGUCAUGCUAUGAAAUUAUUCUCUAUGACAGAAGAGGCAAGUCAUAAGGGUUAAAGCUCAGUGAAAUAUGACAAGGAUUUUCUGUUAUUGUUAAAAUAAGGCUUCUAAUAUAGGUGUCACCAAAUGACUCUCCCGCAUCCUCUCUAUUCUACUCUCUGCCCCUUCUCCACCUUUGUAGGUUACAGGAGGUGCAGCUCACAGAGGAGUCAAGGUUUAGGUCCGUGCAUGUGACUGUGAACAGGCACAAGAAAAGCCUUUUCAAUGUCCACCGGAGAUAAAAAUUCAGUGAUCCACUCUAUUUUUUGAUGAAGGGAGCCACUUACUUGUCCAGUGAACUCAUACCACACUAGCCAGUCAAACUUGAAUCAAGCUAUGUUUAUGUUUUGCUGACAAAAAAGGUAGGAUUGGAUGUAACAAGAUGUUGCCUACCUCUGCUGCCUUGUAGGUCACUUGAGAAUUCUAUUCAGAUUCUUUACUAAUUCAUGCAAUUCAAGAUAUAUAAAACUUUUCUAUUCAGUGUUUUUAUUUUAUUUUUAUUCAGUUUUAAUUUUAAAAAAUUACCCACAUGCUAAGUACUGCAGAAUUGUCUAAUAGUUCUUCCAUUGGUAGAGAUGUUAUGGUUUACAAAGCAAUUUAAAAUAUAUUAUCUCGGGACUCCUGGGUGGUUCAGUCGGUUAAGCAUCUGCCUUCUGCUCAGGUCAUGAUCCCAGGGUCCCAGCAGUGGAGUCCCUCAUCCAUCAGGCUCCUUGCUCAGGGGGAGUCUGUUUCAACCUCUGCCUGCUGCGUGCGCAUGUGCUCUCUCUCUCUCUGACAAGUAAAUGGAUAAAAUAUUUUUAAAAAAUAAUAAUACAAUAAAAUAUAUUAUUGCUUUUGGUAUCUUAGCAACCCAUUGCUUCUGUGAGCUAAGCUUGGCACCUAACUUAUUUAGAACAGGGGUCAGCAAGCUAUAAUCCGAAGGCCAAGUUUGGCCCACACUCUGUUUUUUUAUAGCCUAAGAGCUAAGAUUGGUUUUUACAUUUUAAAAAAGAUUGUAAUCAAAAACAAAAAACCAAGAGAAGAACGUGACAGAAACUGUGGCCUGCAGAGCUGAAAAUACUUAUUAGUUGGCCCUUUGUAGAAAAAAGUUUGUUGAUCCUGAUUUAAAACGUGAUUCCUCUGAAAAGGUGUUUUGAGUUUGGAAAGGUUAUUUACAAGUUAAGUUUUUGGGUUAUCACAUGCUUCUAAAUCAGGGACUAUUUGUGUUUUUGGAAGGAUCUAGUCAUAGAGCCAUGUGAAAAAACUUACAAAUGACAUAAAUACUAAGGAUGUAUUAAAACACCCUGGGGCGCCUGGGUGGCUCAGUCGUUAAGCGUCUGCCUUCGGCUCAGGGCGUGAUCCUGGAGUCCUGGGAUCGAGCCCCACAUCAGGCUCCUCCGCUGGGAGCCUGCUUCUUCCUCUCUCACUCCCCCUGCCUGUGUUCCCUCUCUCGCUGGCUGGCUCUCUCUCUGUCAAAUAAAUAAAAAUAAAAUCUUUAAAAAAUAAAUAAAUAAAACAUCCUAUUCAUUUGUGUAAAAUGAGGUUAUAUAUAUCCAUGUUUAGACACAUGUAGAAAAUUUCUGGAAGGAUAAAUAAAAAUAUGGUUAACAAUGGUUGUCUCUGCACAAAAAGAUGGAAAAAUAAUCCAUGCUCAUGGAUCAGAAGAAUUAACAUAGUUAAAAUGUCCAUGAUACCCAGAGCAAU